AUGCUGGAGAUGCUUGAAUACAGCCACUAUCAGGUGCCGUCUCACCUGGAGAAUCCCACCAAGUACCACAUCCAGCAGGCUCAAAGGCAGCAGGUGAGGCAGUAUCUGUCCACCACCCUGGGGGGUAAAUCUGGCAGCCAGCCCCCUGAGCACAGCAUGCCACCCGGCCCUGGCAGCAGCGCUCCCAACAGCCCCAUGGCCCUGCUCACCCUCGGCUCCAACUGUGAGAAAGAGGUACGUCUCCUCAAUGCUACAAGACUUUUUUUUUCAUCUCAUUACAUUCAGACGCCCUGAUACACUGUAAACACUGAGUAAAAUCUGGUUUUGUGUCAACAGAUGGAUGAUGUCAUCGACGAUAUUAUUAGCUUGGAGUCGAGUUACAGUGAAGACGUUCUUGGACUGAUGGAUCCAGGACUCCAAAUUAACAACCCGCUCCCUGUUUCUGGGAAUUUACUGGAUGUGUACAGCAACCAAGGACUUCCACUUUCAGGACUCGCCAUCAGCAACUCCUGCCCACCUAAUAUUAAAAGGGAAUUCACAGAGGCUGAAGUUCGUGCUUUGGCUAAAGAGAGACAGAAGAAGGACAACCACAACUUAAUUGAACGACGACGGAGGUUCAACAUCAACGAUCGCAUUAAAGAGCUUGGAACCUUAAUACCCAAAUCAAACGAUCCAGACAUGCGCUGGAAUAAGGGCACCAUUCUGAAAGCCUCAGUGGACUAUAUCAGGAAGUUACAGCGGGAGCAGCAGAGAGCCAAGGAGCUGGAGUGCAGACAGAGGAAGCUGGAGCAUGCAAACCGCCAUCUGAUGCUUCGUAUACAGGAGCUGGAGAUGCAGGCCCGUGCUCAUGGUCUGACAGUGAUGUCGUCCUCAUCAGUCUGCACAUCGGAGCUGAUGGCCCGAGCCAUUAAACAGGAACCCGUUUUGGGCGACUGCCCCUCCGAGCUCUACCAGCAUAGCUUGGCCCCUGACAUGUCUCCUCCAACCACGCUGGAUCUCAAUAACGGCACUAUCAGCUUCGACCACAUCCCUGCAGAAGCUGGGGACCCAAGCCCCUAUGGAAACUCCCGGACCUGUAAAAUGAAGGAGUUGGUGAGGGAUAACGGCCUCGGACCGGUUUCCCCAAGCGAUCCCCUGCUGUCCAAGAUGUCCCCAUGUAUCUCCAACAGCGUCGGCAGCCACCACAGUUCCAGCUCAAGCAUGGAUGAGAAAGAACAUGGCUGUUAGCAGAACGCCAUGAGCCACACUGACACUUUUAGCUGUAGCAUCACAGCAAUGAGGCACAGAAGACUUCCAUGAGACCAAGUGAAUAAAGGAACUCAGAGGUUAUUUUUAUCUUGACUACAUGUUUUUUCUGACUUUUUGCCCACUUGUUGCUGAACAAAUCUUGCUACUGUUGAUUGUACACAGUGUUCUUGUAGUCUAAUGUAAUCUUGAAGCCAUGCACACAAACAGUUCAGAGGUACUUGACAAACAUGUAAUUUACACAGAGACUGAGAAAUAUUGACUCCAAUCUGCUGUCAUUUAGACUGUUAUUAGACUGAUCAACUUUUAAACCUGUAAAAUUUUUAGCCUUUUUAUCUUUGUUAUAUUUUAAAGUGUUAAUAACUAUUCUGAAUAUCCUGUGUAUGGAACUGUGCAUGACAGAUAAUAUACAUAUGGUAAAUGGUAAAUGGUUGUAUUUAUAUAGCGCUUUUAUCCAAAGUGCUUUACAUGAUAUCUGAAAAUAUGACGGCAGCAAAAUGCAGAAGGUUGCAGAGAGGAUGUUAGAUCACAGACUCGGUUAGUAUGGUGGUUCCAUUGCAAAAAAAAAGCACAAAAUAUGAAUUUGUAUUUAAAUAUUAUGCAUAUUAUUAGCUAGUUUGUAAACAUUUUAAAAUUCUUAUUAUUUUUUACCCCAUGCUCGUACUGUAUUCUGAAUAACUAGCAAAUCAAACAUUGAACAAAUUUAGCAGUAUUAUUAUUGUUAUUAUUCUAUAAGUAUUAUAUUAUUACUAUAAUUUAUUUUUUUUAUUUUUUUCUUCUGCUCUUGAGAAUUUGUUUGGUUUUAUGUCCACAGGUGAUAAAAGAAAUAUGCACAUCACACCCGGUCCACUGGGCCUUGUUUGUAAAACCCUAAGCAGGUCCUGAUGUGAUGCAUCAUCAUGCUUUGUUUAUAAUAAUAAUGUAAAAUAAAAACAAAUAAAUGUGAUUUAUAUGCUAACAACA